CACACACACACGCGAUUUGUGUGAGAGAGCGCGCGCUCGUGUGUGUCGAAGGUUGAAAAUGGCGGCGGCGGGGGUGAUGAGACUUGAGGGACUGGGUCGGAGGGCCUGGGGUGGUGGUGUUGUUGGUGUGCGGGGGCUUCGGCAUAGUGUGGCUCGGUUGGGGUCGGCGCCGGGGCUCACGUUGGUGGAGAAGAUUGUGCAGCGGCAUCUGGUGCGCGAUGAUGCGGAUGAUGGUGAAGGAGCGCCGGCACGCUCAGGGCAGAUUGUCAAGAUCCGGCCUCGUCAUGUCAUGACACACGACAACACGGCUGCGGUUAUGGCCAAGUUUGAGCAGCUCGAGGUGAAGCAAAUGUAUAGCUCGGAGCAGCCCGUGUUCACCCUGGACCACAACGUGCAGGAUCGCAGUGAGAAAAACCUGCGCAAGUACCAGGAGAUCGAGGCGUUUGCCGCGAGCCAUGGGGUUGACUUUUACAAGGCCGGCGAGGGCAUUGGCCACCAGACCAUGUGUGAGCGAGGCUACAUUACGCCUGGUAGCAUGGUUGUGGCUAGCGACUCGCACUCCAACAUGUACGGCGGCUUGGGUUGCCUGGGAACCCCGGUCGUCCGCACUGAUGCGGCCGGUAUUUGGGCUUUGGGACACACCUGGUGGCAAGUGCCUCCCGUGGUUCAAGUCAAGCUGACUGGACAGCUGCAGCCUGGAGUCUCGGGCAAGGACGUGAUUGUGGCUCUGUGCGGCGCGUUCAAUCAAGACGAGGUGCUCAAUGCCGCCGUGGAGUUUACGGGCGACGGUGUGGCCACUCUUUCUGUCGAUGAGCGCUUGACAAUCGCCAACAUGACAACUGAAUGGGGUGCUUUGGCUGGGGUGUUUCCUUGGGACGAGGCGCUGCGAAAUUGGUACGAGGCGCGCCUGCAGUCUUGGCAGGCACGCGCCAACACCCUGGCUCAGCAGGCGGCUCGCCAGCCCGCGUCACGUAUUUCAUCAUCCGACAUUGAAACCUGGAACCAACACCCUCUGCGUGCGGAUGAGGAUGCCGUUUAUGCCGCGGAACUCGAGCUGGACCUGAGCUCGGUCGAGCCAUGCGUGGCUGGUCCCAACUCCGUCAAGGCCAUGCAAACUGUCAGCCAGCUUGAAGCGCAACACAUCAAGGUGCACAAGGCGUAUCUCGUGUCAUGUGUCAACGCGCGCGCAUCCGACCUGGCUGCAGCGGCUGACGUGUUGCGGGGCAAGAAGAUUGCACCACAUGUGGAGUUUUACGUGGCCCCGGCAUCGCGUGAAGUGCUGGAGACUGCGCAACACCAGCGCGUGUGGGAUGACCUGCUGGCCGCGGGCUGCACGCCCCUGCCUGCAGGUUGUGGCCCUUGCAUUGGCCUUGGUACCGGCCUGCUGGAGGACGGCGAGGUGGGUAUCUCUGCCACCAACCGCAACUUCAAGGGGCGCAUGGGAUCUCGCAAUGCCGACGCCUAUCUGGCGUCCCCUGCAGUGGUAGCAGCCUCGGCCCUGUCGGGCUACAUCUGCGCGCCCCCGGGGGCUCCCACUGCAGGGUCGGCGCUGGUGGCGCGUGUCAAGCACAGCAACGAAGCGAUCGCGCCGGCCCAGCCUACGGGCACCUCACGCUUUGUGUCCGGCUUUCCUGAGCACAUUAGUGGUGUGCCCGUGUUUUGCCUCGACGACAACAUCAACACGGACGGCAUUUACGCUGGCAAAUACACGUAUCGUGAAGAUAUUUCGCCUGAAGAGCAAGCCCGGGUGGUCAUGGAGAAUUACGAUCCCCAACUGGCUCCGCGCCUGGCCGGUGUGCGUUCAGUCUUGGUGGCUGGUGCCAACUUUGGCACUGGCAGCUCUCGCGAGCAGGCGGCCACCGCUCUCAAACACGCUGGCGUGCAAGCCGUGAUUUGCGAGAGCGUGAACGAGACUUACAAGCGCAACGCGCUGAACAACGGCCUGCUGGUGCUGGUCCAGCCCCGCUUUAUCCAGGAUGCCAAGGCUGCGUUUGCGACUCGGGAUGCCAAUCAUGCGAUUCUGGGAGAACCCGAAGGACCGCUGGAGCUGGACUUUUCCCGCAACGCCAUUGUGUGGAACGGCAAGAGCUACCCGAUUGACCCCAUCAGUCCGACCGCUCAAGAGCUAAUUGUACUGGGCGUGCACCGUUGCGAACGGUUUGUUCGGAGCAUGUGCGUGCUCAAUACGACCGUCAAGCGCAUCCCAAUUAGUAAGGGCGGAAAGGGGUUUCUGACUGCCGGCGGGCCACCAAAGCAGCCGCAAUGCGGCGCCAAGAGGGCUCUGAGCGUGGGAGAGAGCCAAAGGUUGCGCAUCGAAAACAUCAUCUAUUGCAGUGUGCUGCAGAAGUAUAUACUGUACACGCACUCACACACAGGGCUCAGUUGGGGAGACAGCUGGCUUAAAGAAAGGAAACGGGAAAGGGGCAAACGCCACAACCUCUCCCAAACACGACAAGAAUAG